GACAGAGUGUGAGGGUCGGGCAGAGGACGGCGUAGUCGGCAGCUCUGAACAUGAGAUCCUGAAAGUGUGGAACUCUUUGCCAGAUAACUUUAAGUCGAUGAAAGCCCUCGCGAUUGCUUUUCUGACUUUGUUCGGGUCCUCUCAUGCUUGCGAGCAGCUGUUUUCGGCUUUGAAUUACAAGCUCAGGAAGCCGAGGAGCCCACACAGGAAGGCAGCAGUGGGACUUUCCUGUCUCUGCCUCCCGGCCUGCCUUCCUGUCAGCCUGCCUUCCUGUCGGCGGUCCAGGGUCCCCGUGCCAGGGAUUGAACUCAGGACGGCUCACUGAUCCACACCGUAGCUGUAUGUAUUUUGAGAUGGGGCCUCCCUGAGUUUUCCAGGCUGAGUCAUCAAAUCAGACCCUUCCCAAGCACACGCCACACAGCCCAGCCUCAGAUGGCCACCACCCCUGGCCCCCAUCCCUCUACCCCUCUCACAGGUUGCGCUCAUGGCGCCCCCAAGUGAGGAGACACCCUUGAUUUCUCAGCGCUCCUGCAGCCUUUCAUCCUCAGAGGCUGGGGCUCUGCAUGUGCUGCUGCCUCCCAGGGGCCCUGGGCCCCCCCAGCGCCUAUCUUUCUCCUUUGGGGACCACUCAGCUGAGGAGCUAUGUGUGCAAGCUGCCAAGGCCAGCGGCAUCUUGCCUGUGUACCAUUCCCUCUUUGCACUGGCCACGGAGGACCUGUCUUGUUGGUUCCCUCCAAGCCACAUCUUCUCGGUGGAGGAUCUGGGCUCUCAAACGUUGGUCUACAGGCUCCGGUAGGAAGCACCCUCCCAGGGAUCACCCCCUUAUAAUCUCCCUGUACCCUGACAGCACUCUCACUGCCCAUUACACAGAUGGGGAUACUGAGCCCAGGGUGAGUGGGACACUUUCCACAGGCCUCACAGCAGGCCCAGGUGCCAUCCUCAGGCCCCCUCCCCCGCCUUGCCCCAGUUUUUACUUCCCCAGCUGGUUCGGGCUGGAGAAAUGCCACCGCUUCGGGCUCCGCAAGGACCUGGCCAGCUCCAUCGUCGACCUGCCCGUCCUGGAGCACCUCUUUGCGCAGCACCGCAGCGACCUGGUGAACGGGCGCCUUGCCGUGGGCCUCAGCCUCAAGGAGCAGGGCGAGUGCCUGAGCCUGGCCGUGCUGGACCUGGCCCGCAUGGCCCGCGAGCAGGGCCGGCCGCCGCAGGAGAUGCUGCGCACUGUCAGCUAUAAGGCCUGCCUGCCCCACCGCCUGCGGGACCUCAUCCAGGGCCUGAGCUUCGUGACCCGCAAGCGGAUCCGCAGGACGGUGCGCCGCGCCCUGCGCCGCGUGGCCUCCUGCCAGGCCGACAAGCACUCGCUCAUGGCCAAGUACGUCAUGGACCUGGAGCGGCUGGACCCGGCUCGGGCCACCGAGACCUUCCGCGUGGGACUCCCGUGGGCCUCGGACGGCCAGGACGCGCUCGGGCUGCUGCGCGUGGCCGGGGGCAGCGGCAUCGCCUGGAGCCCGGGGGAGGCCGAGGCCUUCCAGCAGUUCUGUGACUUCCCAGAAAUCGUGGACAUCAGCAUCAAGCAGGCCCCGCGAGCAGGCCCGGCAGGGGAGCACCGAUUGGUCACCAUCACGCGCGCGGACAACAAGAUCCUGGAGGCCGAGUUCCCGGCGCUGCGCGCUGCGCUGUCCUUUGUGGCGCUCGUGGACGGCUACUUCCGCCUAACGUGCGACACGCGACACUUCUUCUGCAAAGAGGUGGCACCGCCACGGCUGCUGGAGGAGGUGGCAGAGCACUGCCACGGCCCCAUCACUUUGGACUUUGCCGUCCACAAGCUGAAGGCCCAGGGCUCAGUCCCAGGCUCCUACGUGCUUCGCCGCAGCCCACAGGACUUUGACAACUUUCUGCUCACAGCCUGUGUUCAAACGCCCCUGGGUCCCGACUACAAGGGCUGCCUCAUCCACCGCGACCCUGCUGGGAGCUUCUCCCUGGUUGGCCUCAGCCGGGCACACGGCAGCCUUAGGGAACUCCUGGCUGCCUGCCGCGAGGACACGCUGUGUGUGGACGGCGUGGCCCUGAGACUUACCACCUGCUGCCCCCCCACACCCAAAGAGAAAUCCAACCUGCUUGUGGUACGGAGGGGCUGUGGCCCAGCCACCUUGGCCCCUGUGCAGCCCUCGGUGCAGCCCAAGCUGAGCCAGCUGACCUUCCAGAAGAUUCCCCCUCACAGCUUGCAAUGGCAUGAGAACCUGGGCCACGGCUCCUUCACCAAGAUUUACCGUGGCUCGCGCCACGAGGACGUGGACGGGGAGGCCCGGGAGACCGAGGUGCUGCUCAAGGUGCUGGAUGCAGAACACAGGAACCUGGUGGAGUCCUUCCUGGAAGCAGCCAGUCUGAUGAGCCAAGUGUCCUACCCGCAUCUCGUGUUGCUGCAUGGCGUGUGCAUGGCUGGAGACAGCACCAUGGUGCAGGAGUUUGUGCCCCUGGGCGCCAUUGACACCUAUCUGCGUAAGCGCAGCCACCUGGUGCCCGCUAGCUGGAAGCUGCAGGUGACCAAGCAGCUGGCCUACGCCCUCAACUAUUUGGAGGACAAAGGACUCCCUCAUGGCAACGUCUCAGCCAGGAAGGUGCUGCUGGCACGUGAGGGGGCCGACGGGAGCCCACCGUUUAUCAAGCUCAGCGACCCGGGUGUCAGCCCCACUGUGCUGAGCCUGGAAAUGCUGACCGACAGGAUCCCCUGGGUGGCCCCCGAGUGUCUAGACGAGGCCCGGACGCUGGGCCUGGAGGCUGACAAGUGGGGCUUCGGAGCCACAGUCUGGGAGGUCUUCAGCGGGGCCCCGGUGCCCACGCGCUCACUGGAUCCAGCCAAGAAGCUGCGGUUUUACGAGGAGCGGCGGCAGCUGCCCGCGCCCAGGUGGACGGAGCUGGCCGCGCUGAUCCGCCAGUGCAUGGACUAUGAGCCGGGCCGCAGGCCGAGCUUCCGCGCCGUCAUCCGGGACCUCAACAGCCUCAGCACCUCGGAUUACGAGCUCCUCUCUGACCCUGCGCCAGGGGCCCUGGGGCCUCAGGACCGGCUGUGGAUCAGUGCGCAGCUCAACGCCGGCCAGGACCCCACGAUCUUCGAGGAGCGGCACCUCAAGUACAUCUCCCAGCUGGGCAAGGGCAACUUUGGCAGCGUGGAGCUGUGCCGCUACGACCCGCUGGGUGACAACACGGGCGCCCUGGUGGCCGUGAAGCAGCUGCAGCACAGCGGGCCGGAGCAGCAGCGGGACUUCCAGCGGGAGGUGCAGAUCCUGAAGGCGCUGCACAGCGACUUCAUCGUCAAGUACCGUGGUGUCAGCUACGGCCCCGGUCGGCAGAGCCUGCGCCUGGUGAUGGAGUACCUGCCCUGCGGCUGCCUGCGCGACUUCCUGCGGCGCCACCGCGCGCGCCUGGAUGCCAGCCGCCUGCUGCUGUUCGCCACCCAGAUCUGCAAGGGCAUGGACUACCUGGGCGCCCGCCGCUGCGUGCACCGCGACCUGGCGGCGCGCAACAUCCUGGUGGAGAGCGAGGCGCAUGUCAAGAUCGCGGACUUCGGGCUCGCGAAGCUGCUGCCGCUCGACAAAGACUACUACGUAGUGCGCGAGCCCGGCCAGAGCCCCAUCUUCUGGUUUGCGCCUGAGUCCCUGGCGGACAGCGUCUUCUCGCGCCAAUCGGACGUGUGGAGCUUUGGCGUGGUGCUGUACGAACUCUUCACCUUCGGGGACCCGGGCUGCAGCCCCUCGGCUGAGUUCCUGCGCAUGAUGGGCUGUGAGCGCGACGCCCCCGCCCUGUGCCGCCUGCUGGAGCUGCUGACCGAGGGUCGCAGGCUGCCAGCGCCUGCCGCCUGCCCCGCGCAGGUCCAUGAGCUAAUGAGCCGCUGCUGGGCGCCCAGUCCGCAGGACCGGCCUACCUUCAGCGCCCUGGGCCCCCAGCUGGAGGCGCUGUGGAGCGGAAGCCGGGGGUAGUGGCCGGAUGUGUGACCUGGUUUCCACCCCAACUGGUGGUCCCAAUGGUAGAAUCUGUCCUCGCUGCAUCCCCAAGAUGGUGUCUGCAUUGUCUCUGGCCCUGGCGACCUGACCUUGGGUCAUGAAGUCCGUUCACGGGGCAGUGACUUCACCGGCACCCUGGAAGACUCGUAUUCAUCCCCCAAAGCCUGACCUGUGAUGUCCUUACUGCUUGCCUUUAUGUGCCCCUAUUCUUGCUGUGCUUAGUACUCAAUCCAGACCCUUCAGCUCUCUCCCCUGAUGUGAGGGAUCCUUGGGGGCUGAGCUGAGGCCUGGGUGGGUACAGAGUGGGCUCAGGGUGUGUUUGUUGAGUGAAUAAAGGUGUUUGAUUGCAA